GUUGACACCGACCAGUGAUUCCAAACGGUUGAGGGUGGUUCAUUGAUAACAAAAUGAACGACAAAUAUCUGCCACCACAGCCACCGUCAUACGGCUUCACUUCGGCACCACCCGAUGGGUCUUAUCCGCCGCAAGGAUACCCACCACACGGGUAUCCACAGCAAGCAUAUCCACCAGGUGGGUCUCAGCCGCAAGGAUAUCCACCACAAGGGUAUCCACAGCAAGCAUAUCCUCAACCAGGAUAUCCUCCUCAGAAUUAUGCACAGCCACCACCAAGCUUUGGGGCCAUGCCUCCACAGAACUAUGGGCCACCACCUCCGCCUCACACCUACGGGCCCACCCCACCACAAGACUACGGAACAGGCCAACCACAAAUGUCGCCGCCUACCUUACUAAUGGUACAACCCGAUGGCUGGUAUAACCGAAACCAGAAGAACAAGCCCCAAUCUAAUGCCGCGGGAGCGGCUUCACUCAUCUUCUUAUCGGGUGGCAUGAAUAUUGCCUGGAGCAUUGGCUUUCGCAGUAUAUAUUUUGCCGAAAUUCCUUUGCAUACGCGCGUUGCAUGGUUUAUUGGCGCCAUAAUUGGAGGACUACUCAGCGCGUUCCUGGCUAAUAAAAUACCGAAGAAAAUUGUCCUUUGUUUCUGCUCAGUUCUCGUGGGGAUCGGCGGAAUCAUAAUGGCAGCCACGACUUACAACAUCGAAGCCGUUGAGGCGGGCCUCUACCUGGAUGGUAUUGCCAAUGGACUAGCGUUUGCACCAGCGUUGGCAUUGAUCGGAGAGGUUUCAGUGCCCUAUAUGCGUGGAGUGAAUGCUGCGACCCUUGAGCACAUGUGCUACAUGCUUGGCUACUUCCUUCAGGUAAUAUUUCUGUCAACGUGGAGCACAUCGCUCAGCUCGUUUAAUGCUGAAAAUAUGCACGGGGUCCUGGCGGCUAUCUAUGGAGUGAUUGGACUAUGCAUUGCCUGUUUACUGUGCAUUGAGUCGCCAGUGAUACUGCUGGCGAAUGGCAAUGAGCAGCAAGCUCUUGACGCCUUGCGGCGUCUGCAGCGCCCAUAUACGGUGACAACGGAGACUGUGGCACAGCUGGAGGAGCACAAACAGUAUCUGGCAAAGAACAGGGAUAUGUCCACUAUCCAGAGCAUUGUCCAGGCCUUGCCAGCGUUUGUGUGUCUCAGCUACCUACGCAUCCUUAAUGCCAUGAGCCUUUGUAAAUUUGUCUUUUACGCCCUAAUCCUAAGCCUUUCGCCUAGCUCUUCUGUAUAUUCAUAUACUUGGCAAUAUUUGUUAUUUGGUUGCUGUCGCUGGCUAUCAAGCUUCAUCACCGGCUUUUACAUGGAGUCCGUCGGGCGUAAGAAAUCAACGCUACUAGGCCUCCUGGGCUGCGGAGGCAUAGCAAUUGGAAUUUCCACAUUAAUCUACGCCUUACCUUAUAUAGACUUUGAUACUUUGUUUGUCUUUGUAUGUAUUUUCCAAUUUUUCGCUGGCAUUGCCUUCACCGCCACUUCUGCCUAUCUGACUGAGGCAUAUCCUCUUGGCGUUAAGCAACAUUUCAUCGGGUCUACCUUCAUUGCCGAAAUGGUAAUCUAUAUCAUCAUUGCGUCUACGGACUAUAGCAAGACAGGACAUGGAAUUUUCUUUGCCUUUAUGGCUGGACUUUGCUUGAUUGGUUCUCUGCUGGGCAUCUGGUGCCUGCCAGAGACCCGCAGAACUACGCUACGUGAAGCACAGGAUAAGUUUAAGGGUUUCCUGGGCAAGGGUUUUUAAUUGAUAAGCAAAACACAAGUAAAACAUAAUAUGUAAUACGAACUUUGACAAAAUUAACGAUUCAAAUAUAAAAAGAAAUUAAUUUAAUCCU